UCUGUGGCCUCGGCCGUGCGGCGUUGCCGUCAGCACGUACUGCAACCGCCGCGGUGUGUACCUAUAUAAAUGUGUCAGUUGGGCGGGUAAAGUAGAUACCUACUUGAUUAGACUGAUCGGUGUGAGCUGAUGGGAUUUGUUGGGUGUGUUUGUUCAUUUUGGAAUUUUGCACUCCACUGCGAAAGUUUUCAUUUGCAUGCUUUGUUGCCACGUUCCAGAGGAAUAAUGCAGGCUGCUUCGCGGCAAAUGCCCACGGUGGCGCUGGUGGCCGUGGUCAUGCUGCAGUUAAUUAUGCCGGCGUUGUGCUGGGUGUGGGAAGGCCGGUAUCCCGUACCGGUAGAUACGUACAGAUUGCAUAAAGACGGCGCUGAAAAACGCAAGGAAAUGUCUUCCACGUCCGAUGGAUACGGUGGAUACUACCGGUUGGCCAGAGUGCUAGCCCACUAUGCUCCGCCAAUGGCGCCACCCGGUGAUACACAGAUCCGCCGAACGGACCAGCGCUUCGUUCACAACGGCGGACUGCGCCGGUUCCCUCUGCAAACCACCCGGCGUCUGAUGAAGUUUUUGGGAUAGCGCUGGUCUUAUGAUUACUUGUACUGUAGACUUUUUAUUGAUAAAUUUGAAGCUAUCCCAAAACUUGCUUGUACUUGUAUACAUGCUUACGUAUUUCACGCAUAAAAACGAGUAAUCGGAAGAAUGGUAAUAUAGAUUGGUUAAGUAUUGCUGUAUAAUGUGCCGGAUGUACUUUGUACAUAUCGGUUAAAAAAACCGACAUCAAAUCCAGUUGACCAAUUGCAAU